AUGGCGAACAAGCUAAUCAGCGAGAUGGGGCUCCCCAAAUCGAUAGCUAACGUAUUUUCUGCUCGGAAUAUCCUCACCGCCAAGGAUGCAUCGUCACUAAGUGAGUUUGAGUUAAUGGAGUUGAUGGAUGUUGGAUUGGAAGAGGUUAUGGCGGCAGUCUUACGCAUUAGUGAAAUUUCAUGUCCACCUUAUCAAACUGCUUUGUCGUUGCUGGAGCAGCGAAACCACAAUGAGUACCUAGCAGGUCAUCUCCCCACUGGCUUAAUAGGUCUUGAUGAAGCUCUGUGUGGUGGAAUACCAUUUGGCGUUGUGACUGAGUUUGUUGGUCCUUCAGGGAUAGGGAAAACACGAUUCUGCCUGAAGCUUGCUUUGCUUGCAUCACUGCCUACUUCUCAUGGAGGGUUAGGUGGCCGAGUAAUAUAUAUUGAUGUGGAAUCCAAAUUUAGUUCAAGAAGGCAUGGCUCAACAGGAAGAAUUCUGGUUCUGCAGCCAGCAUCAUUAUCUGAAUUCACCGAAAGCUUGCAGAAAUUAAAGGUUUCUCUCCUCCAGCAUGAUGUAAAGCUGCUUAUCAUUGACAGCAUGACAGCACUCCCUUCUGGGGAAUAUGGCCAGGGACCCCCUAAACUAGGUUGGCACAUCUCUUUUAUCAAGUCCUUAGCAGAAUGUUGUCGGAUUCCUGUGGUGGUGACCAAUCAAGUAAGAUCUCAAGUUCGUGAUGAAGCCUCCCGAUAUGUAUUCCAAGGGCACGUCAGAGCCGACACUUUAGAAGACACUUCAAAAGUUGAAUAUCAUCUUGUUGCUGCUCUGGGAAUUCACUGGGCUCAUGCAGUUAGCAUACAUUUAGUUCUAGAAUCUAGAUCAGGAAAAAGGCUUAUAAAGAUAGCAAAAUCUUCUAUAUCUCCAUCUCUGGGGUUUUUCUUCAGAAUAGAUGCAUCUGGGAUCUCGUUUCUUAACAAUGAAGGAGAGGAAAUGACUGGUCCGGAAGCAAACUCUAUUCAUUGCCAAGGCCAGAGUGGUAUAAUCAACUAUGGUCAUGAAGCACUGCAAUAAGAAACCUAGUAUUAUAGAUGAUAAGAGCGAGGUGCAGUCAACUAUUUGGCCUCAGUAUUGCUUGUGAUCCCAUAAUUGUUGCUUCUGUCUCUCCUCAUGGAUAUCAUUAUGCAAGAAGAGACCAGCCAUACGAUGUGGAUGACUUAAUGCUGAAAUGCAUGAUUCUCCUCGUGCAAAGUAUUGACCAACUCUAGAACAGACAUGUUGAAGGCAAUAUGAUGCACAUCUGACUCGUAGAAGUUUUCAAGUGUAACUUAGAAUUUACAUUUGUUUGAGUUGCAAAAUAUGUGAUGUAGACAAACCAUUCUAAUAUAAUCUGUACUCUGAAUGAUUCAGAUCUCUAAA